UGUCAAGCGUGGUUCAGUUGUGCGAUUUUGUAUUUGUGAACACAAAAAUACUAAUAUAUAAACUUAAACAUGAAGCUUCCCGAGAAAAAGAAGCCGAAAAAGCAAAAAAUUAAAAAGAAAACUAUAGCUAAACCUAAGAAGGAGAAGGUACUUUUAGUAGCGCAAGAAUUUAAAUUUGCGCGUUUGUUAUCUGAAAACGAGAAAAAAACACGAGAUCGUGUGCUUAAAACAUUUAAAAAAUGGCUUUUAAACUGCUUCGAGAAGGGUUAUGAGUUCAAAGAAGAAGAUUUCAUCAGAGUAUGGAAGGGUUUGUUCUAUGCUGUUUGGAUGUCUGAUAAACCUCUAGUUCAGGAGGAUUUGUGUGAGAGUAUAUCAGAAAUUCUAGACUUAUUCCCGCCGGAACAUAUCUCUAGUGCGAUGCUGAUGAGCAAGGCUGGUUUCAAAGUGCUGGCAACCGAGUGGUAUGGUAUCGACCAGCACAGAAUGGAUAAGUUUCUUAUGCUCGUCCGUCGUUAUUUGCGUGGAAGUCUCCGGUGCCUGCUGCGAUGCAAUUGGAGUCUCGAGAGUUGCACACUGUUCGCAGACAUGCUCAGCAGCGGGGAUGGUUUGUUGGCCCUGACGACGCCGCUGUACGCUCGUAACGCGCUCUCGUUGGUUUUGCACAUCAUGGAUUGCUACUUGGAAGAAAUUUCAAAGGUGUCGCGCGGCGAGAUCCCGGGCGCCAGCCUGGCGCGCCUGCUGCGCCCCGCCAGCGCGCUCGUGUGCGGCGCCGGCGACGCGCGCGCGCAGGCCGCCCGCCGCGUGCUGGGCGCGCUCGUGCGGCAGAGCGCGCUCGGCCUGCGCUACGAGCACAAGGCGCGCGCCUGGCAGCUGAUGGGGUGCCCGGCCGGUGGACCGGACGCGUUGGAGCUGAUGUCCGAUGACGAGGCCGAUGAGGAAGUCGAUCCCGACGACACUGAAGAUGUAGAAAAUGGCGCGCUGGACCCUCGCGCGGGCCGGGUGCACGUGGUGCUGCGGCCGCUGCCCGUGCCGGCCGCGCUGCUGGCCGAGCAGCUGCGCCAGCUGCUGGCCGGGGCCGGCUCGCGCGCCUACACGCGCGCCCGUAUCUGCGCCGAGCGAUUUGAAGAGCUGGCCCGCAACAAUUACCCCCUAAAAGUACCAGAUACGGAUGCCCAGGGUCUGGAACCGAAUCUAGAUCGCGCGGAGCCGAUGCGAGCCGCGUCACGACUGCAAAAGCUGGAGAAAACUCUAAUUACCGCUUCGGACGAACUUGCUCUGCGAGGCCUGAGUAAAAAGCAUCGCAAGCGUUUAUUGGCUCGCAGUCGCUCUGGAUUAAGUAUCGUGGAUGAAAUCGCUGAAGGAAAAUCGGAUUCCGCCAAUGGUGACUGGCAAGUAGAGACAACAAAAACAGACGACAAGACUAAAAAGGAGGAAUCAAACAAAGAAAAUAAAGCGUCCAAGAAGAAGAAUAGGAAGAGAAAACUUCAGAAAGAAGAUAAUGUACCGCAAGUUGACAAUAAAAAACCUAAAACAAAUAAAAUUGUAACAAAUAACGACACAAAUAAAGUGAAAACAAAUGAAAAACAAGUUAAUAAUAAAAAAGUUAAACCAAAUAAUACUAACAACAACCAAAAACAAACAGAAUAUGCUUCGAACAAACCAAAUAUGAAACAAAACGACGACACAAAAGCUGGGAAGCAAAAAAAAAACAAGAAAAAAUUAAAAAAGGAAAAAGACAAAAAGUUAGCAGAGGAGCCAGCGAAAGUUCUAUCUGUUAAUAAUGCAGAUAAUACAAAAGGCAGCCCGAAACCUAAAACAAAUGACAAACAAACAACAACGCAGACCAAUGUUAAGAGAAAUAGUGAAAAUAAAAACGCUGUGAACGGCAAACCAAAUAGAGGGAAGUUGGAACCGAAAUUAGUUGUUAAUAAAGUGAAAAAGUAUGAAAAACAAACGAAUGUCAAUAAUAUAAAGAAAGACUCGAGUCCUAAGAAGAAAGCCGUCUUGGAAACACCGAAGAAAGUUAAGUUUGUAUUGAAGAACAACAGCAUGCAAGCUCCAGUGGAUUACUACAAGAGUGUCAGACAAAGCCCCAGCAUCCCGUUCGACAGCAGCAAGCAGCCGAACAAGACCAACCUGAAACCGUCCACACCAUCCCCCAUCAAUCCAUUCUUUAAAAAGAAGUUUAAAUCGAAGUUUUGAUAUAAAUGAUUUUUUUUAUUUAAUUAAUUAAUAUUUUUUUUAAUGUAUCAAUCGAUGAGAUAAUGUUAGGUGAUUGGCACAAUACAAUACAACAUACUAUUUCAAAAUGGAGCCUUUUCACAUAAUAUAUAGUAUGCUCCAUGUCAAUAUAUUUUUUUAAUAUCAACAGCAUGUUUAUAUAAUGACUUUAAGCACUCAAUGUUAUGUCUUUACAAAUAUAAUCAUUUUUACUUUAAACAUAAACUGAAAAGCAUGACAUAAAGUAGUCAAGACAAACAAACAACUUUGAAUUGGCGCGAUAUCGUUGGUCGAGAUGUAAAUAGUCUGUGGUAUUGAUUAUGAAUUCCUGAAAAAAUGGCGUUUUGAACGACAGCGAAGGUGCUAUUGCAACUUUGUAAGUAAAUUUAAAGUGAUGUAAGUAAUUAAGUGAAAUAGUUUUGUAUUAUUAAUAAAUAAUAAGAACUGUUUUGUAGUGCCUAAUAUAGCAGAGCUGUUAACAAAUCGUAUGGAUUAUGUAAAUAUAAGGUUUGUUUUUCUCUGUCUGCCAUUGGACUAUAGUAUAGAGACGUAAUGUCCAUUUUAAUAGAAAUGAUACAAAAUGUUAUCAAUUUUAUAGGCAAAAUAUUAAUGUAUUAUUUUACCAUUAUGAUAUUGAGCCGGUUGGCGUGGUUGGUAGAACACUUUCCUUUCACGCCGAAGGUUGUGGGUUCGAUUCCCACCCAGGACAGACAUGAACAUGCCUGUUUGUCCUGAGUCUGGGUGUAAUUAUCUAUAUAAGCAUGUAUUUACAGAAGAAAAAUAGUAUAUGUAGUAUAUCAGUUGUGUGGUUUCCAUAGCACAAGCUCUGUACAAGCUUAAUUUGGGAUCAGAUGGCCGUGUGUGAAAAAUGUCCCAGGAUAUUAUUAUUAUUAUUAUUAUGAAUGAAUAAGAUAUUUCAAAAAAUAAUUACAAAAAGAGCAAACAAAUAAAAAUUGACAUUUGAAAAUCGCGCGUUUCAAGAUGGCGGCGAACGCUCGCAUCUGCGACUUUAAACUUUGACGUUUAGUUAUUAUUACUUGUGUUGUUCAUUUUAAAUUAUUGGUUUUGUUGCUAAAGAUUAUGUGAAACUUAAUCAGGUUUUCUCAUUUUAUUGUACAAAUCUGUUCGUUCGUUCGACGUAUCUGACAUUGUGUCGCUAUGUAGCUCCUUUAGUGAAUGCAUUAUCUUUAAUUGUUGGCAUAUGUAAUAGUAAAGGCGCUUUAUUAGGGCUCAUGUGUUAUAAAAAUUCAAUAAAUGAAGUGUUUUAA